AUGCACUUGUUUCCGAAGCGUCAUUCUUUCGUCGAUGGACCAAAUGAUCGUCACUUUUCUAAUAUGCUGUUUUGGCUAAGCGAGAGGAGUAACUUGUCAGCAGAUGAGCUAGUUCUGUUGUUGAGGGGCAGUCCAUAUGCUGCACCUGUCAAUAGACUGUUGAGAAUUUGGAAGCGAUGUAUGGGCGCUCGCCUGCACUAUCCUGAACUCGCGUGGGACCUUGCCCUUUGGAGACAGCCCUGUCUCGAGUUUUCCGAGCCUCCAGACACAAUACUAGCCCCUUGCCAGUCAUACAUAGGCAAACGUUCGAGAGGUUGUGCUACGGAGAUCAAGUGUGCACGUGGAAGCCCAGGCCCCGACUCCACAAUGCUGGAGAGCCCCAAAGGCUUGGAAAGCUUUCCGAUGAUGGCCUGUAGGUUGGACGAUCUGGCGGAAAGCACAAUAGAAUUCACACGAGGCGAUACAAUGACCCAUCCCAUCGAAGUGCAGCUAGCCACGGAGCGAACGUUCUACUCUGAUGCUGAAGACACCCGGUAA